GGAAAAGAAGCACUGAAUUCCACUAGGAUGUCUAUGAAAUGGAUUUCAGUUCUGCUGCUACAGCUGAGCUGUUACUUCAGCUCUGGAAGUUGUGGAAAUGUGCUAGUGUGGCCCACAGAAUAUAGCCACUGGAUCAAUAUAAAGACAAUCCUGGAUGAACUUAUCCAGAGAGGUCAUGAAGUGACUGUUCUGACAUCUUCAGCUUCCAUUCUUGUUGAUCCAAGCAAAUCAUCUACUAUUAAAUAUGAGAUUUAUCCUGUACAUUUACAGAGAAAGGAUUUUGAGGAUAUUUUCAGGAAAAUGAUUGACAUAUGGAUAUAUAAUUUGCCAAGAGAUACAUUUUGGGGAUACUUUUCACAAUUGCAAGAAACCUUGUGGGAAUAUUCUGACUGCCUUCAAAAGUUCUGUAAAGAUAUAAUUUUGAACAGGAAACUCAUGACAAAACUACAAGAAUCAAAGUUUGAUGUCAUUCUUGCAGAUGCCAUUGGACCCUGUGGUGAACUGCUGGCUGAGCUACUUAAAAUACCUUUUGUGUACAGUCUCCGCUUCUCUCCUGGCUAUAUAUUUGAAAAGUAUAGUGGAGGACUUCCUUUACCUCCGUCCUACGUGCCUAUUAUUAUGUCAGAAUUAAGUGGUCAAAUGACAUUCAUGGAGAGAGUAAAAAAUAUGAUAUAUGUGAUUUAUUUUGACUUUUGGUUCCAAUCAUUUAAUGAGAAGAGUUGGGAUCUGUUUUACAGCGAAGUACUAGGAAGACCCACUACAUUAUGUGAGUUAAUGGGAAAGGCUCAAAUAUGGCUCAUUCGAACCUACUGGGAUUUUGAAUUUCCUCGCCCACUCCUACCAAAUUUUGAAUUUGUUGGAGGACUCCACUGCAAACCUGCCAAACCCCUGCCUAAGGAAAUAGAAGAGUUUGUCCAGAGCUCUGGAGAAAAUGGUAUUGUGGUGUUUACUCUAGGGUCAAUGGUCAAUAACAUGCCAGAGGAAAGAGCCAAUGUGAUUGCAACAGCCCUUGCCCAGAUUCCACAAAAGGUUCUUUGGAGAUUUGAUGGCAAGAAACCAGACACCUUAGGGCCAAAUACUCGGCUAUAUAAGUGGAUCCCCCAGAAUGACCUUCUUGGUCAUCCAAAAACCAAAGUCUUUGUAACUCAUGGUGGAGCCAACGGCAUCUAUGAGGCAAUCCACCACGGGAUCCCCAUGGUGGGCAUUCCUUUGUUUGCGGAUCAACCUGAUAACAUUGCUUACAUGAAGGCCAAGGGAGCAGCUGUCAGUCUGGAUUUCCACACACUGUCUAGUACAGAUUUGGUCAAUGCAUUGAGGAUGGUCAUUAAUGACACUUCAUACAAAGAGAAUGCUAUGAAAUUAUCAAGAAUUCACCACGAUCAGCCUGUAAAGCCCUUGGAUCGAGCAGUCUUCUGGAUCGAGUUUGUCAUGCGCCACAAAGGAGCCAAACACCUCAGGCCAGCCUCCCACAACCUGACCUGGUUCCAGUACCACUCUUUGGAUGUGAUUGGGUUCCUGCUGGCCUGUGUGGCAACUGCUCUAUUUGUCACCACACAGUGUUGUUUGUUUUGUUACCAGAAGUUUGCAAAAAUAGGGAAGAAGGAAAAAAAGGAGUAAUUGUAUCUGGGGCCUCAAGCUGGUAUGCCUCAUAGAUGGGACUCCUCCAGUUUAUUCCAGAAAGAAGUUGUGAUGUAAGAUUCCCUUCAUCCUGUGACAAAAUGACUUCACAACUUAGCUUCUCAGAUGAAAAUCUGCUUUUAAGGGAUUUACUACCUGUUUAAGAGUUAGAAAUAUGUCAUGCCCACAGAAAAACUGGCAAAAAAUAAAUAAAAUAAAAAUAAGACUGUA